AUGUCGAUUGGCAGAACACGUUCAGGACGGAGAACUAUUUUAUACCUUCUUUUCUUCUCAUGUUGGCUUUUAGUUCUUCUAUCAGUAGCAGGAACAUGGUUUCAUUCUGAAAACAAAUGGUCCCCGCUAUCAUAUAUGACUUGGUUUUUUACGCCAUCGAGACAACAGUUAGAACUCAUUCAUCAAGACCUGCUCCGUUUGAUUCUCGCCAACUAUCCCAUCGAUGCAGUCACUCAUAUCAACGGUAAGGCAUAUGAUUACUAUUCCAUUCAAGAACUUAUCGAGCAAAAGCCAAGAAGAGAAUGGCUUUCAUUUCCCCUACCCGAUGAACAUUCAACGAAGGCUUGGUUUCCUAAAGAACAAUAUAAAACAACGUUUAAGAUGAUGAAAUCACCUUCCACAUUAUCAGGCUUAGCUUAUGUCAAACAAAUCUAUGUUAUGACUGAUCAAAGUUUAUCUGACAGACAUUUACAUAUAAAGAAUACGUUUCGGCAACAAAAUAUUCCGGUUGAAUCUAUCAAAUGGCAAUGGAAAUGGAAUCAUACAGAAUGCAAUUCCGAUGAAAAUAAGAAAGAAAUUUUCGAAAGUUUGAAUUUAGUUGAUACACCUGCAAAAGGGCAUGGUCGCUAUUGUUCACUUAUAAUGAAAAACUUUGAUGCGUGGGUGGAAACGGCGAAUAGAAAUCUAACGUUAGCUUUAUACUUAGAGGACGACGCGAUCUUUGUUCCUUUUUUCAAAGAAAAAUUCAACCGUUUUGUCUAUACUGCUAUCAGAACUGGUGCUUUGAAGAUCGAUGGCCCAUGCGCAACUUCUUCGUUAUCAAAGGAUAGCAAUGAAUGGGUAGAUCAAAAUCCAGUAUUCUUUAUUGGAAGUUGUUUGAACAUAUCCGACUCUCGCUUUGACGGAAAACAACCGAUGUUAUCAACACACAAAGACAAUCCGACACGUUGUGCUCAUGCGUAUUUAUUUGCCAGUUGUUCGGCUAGAGCCGUUCUUGAACAAAUUGAUGUAAACAAGAAUGAGCUAUGGACGCCUGAUUUCUAUCUGAAUAAUAUUGUGCCAGCGUCCCCAACCCUUCAAUCAUUUUGGCUCGAUCCGCCACUGGUUUAUCAAGGAAAUAAAGCGAAGGAUUUGGACAAUAUUUCAUCUUUUAGGCGGAAAACAUAUUAA